GCACGGUGCCCUCAGCAGGAAAAGCCUCGCAUCACGAUUAGAGGCCCCCGCGCAUGCGUGCACGCUCAACGUUACCCAGGUAAACUCCACCAUGGCGGCUAGAGGCCAUGUGCAAGAUCCCAACGACAGGAGGCUCAGACCGAUAUACGAUUAUCUUGAUAAUGGCAACAAUAAAAUGGCAAUCCAGCAGGCGGAUAAACUGCUGAAGAAGCAUAAGGAUCUGCACUGUGCCAAGGUCCUAAAGGCCAUCGGUCUGCAGAGAACCGGGAAGCAGGAUGAAGCCUUCACUUUGGCCCAGGAAGUGGCCACCCUAGAGCCCACCGAUGACAAUUCGCUACAGGCUCUGACUAUACUGUACAGAGAGAUGCACCGCCCCGAGUUAGUAACCAAGCUGUAUGAAGCUGCGGUGAAGAAGGUCCCUCUCAGUGAGGAGUAUCACUCUCACCUCUUCAUGGCUUAUGCUCGUGUGGGGGAGUACAAGAAGAUGCAGCAGGCGGGAAUGGCCCUCUAUAAAAUUGUCCCCAAGAAUCCUUACUAUUUCUGGUCUGUCAUGAGUCUGGUGAUGCAGGCCAUCUCAGCACAGGAUGAAAAGCUGGCCCAGACCAUGUACCUGCCUCUGGCAGAGCGCAUGGUCGAGAAAAUGGUCAGGGAAGAAAAGAUCGAAGCAGAGGCAGAGGUACAACUGUAUUUUAUGAUCCUGGAACGCCUGGGAAAAUGUGUAGAGGCCCUCGACGUGAUUAGAGGUCCACUUGGGGAGAAACUGACCAGUGAGUUACAGAGCAGAGAGAACAAGUGUAUGAUGCUCUACCAGAGGCUACAGCGCUGGCCAGAGUGCAACUCCUUGGCCCACAAGCUGCUACUCAAAAACCCUGAUGAUUGGCAGUUCUAUCCCUGCUACUUCGACUCUCUCUUCCACCUGAUGGACGAUUCAUGGACCCCGCCAGAGGAAGGAGAGCACUGUGUAGAGGGUUCAGUACAUUAUACUGUGGCUGAAGUGGUCAGGUUCGUAGAAGAGAGAAUUAAAGGGGAGGACAGCAAAGAGUCUCGUCCACUCAGAGGCCCCUACCUAGCCCGCCUGGAAUUAAUACACAGACUAAGAGAGAAGGGCUGUCCCGAAGAAAGCCAACUAGGUGAGCCCUUAGAGUUAAUGCUGCAGUUCUUUGGGAAGUUCGGAGACAAACCUUGCUGCAUCACAGACCUAAAAUUAUACCUACACCUGCUCUCACCUGACCAGCACAUUCAGUUCAUAAACCGACUAGGUGAAGCAGUUCCACUGGGGGAAGGAGGAGAGGAGGGAUUUGCUUUUCCGGAGGAUACCAAAGCGCUACAAAGGCAUUUGUGUGUGUGUCAGCUGAGCCGUGCACUCGGACUGCAUCACGCUCUCGAUACGGAUGGAAAGCUGCGGCUUAUCACAGAGCUCAAAGCUCACUAUCAUCAUGGGCUCCAGUUUGGGAAGACGUCUCUGAAGACGGAGCUGCAGUUUUCUGACAUGUAUUGUCUCAUGGCAGCUCACGUAUAUAUCGACCUAUGGAAAGAGAACGGAGACGAGAACAUGGUGUUGCAGUGUUUGGGUCUCCUCCAGGAGGGUCUGUCCCACAGCCCCUCCAACGCCCAGUUCAAGCUGCUGCUGCUGCUCCUCUACUGUCACCUGGGAGCCUUCGAGCCUGUCGUGGAUCUCUACUCCAGCUUGGACGCCAAGCAUGUACAGCAUGACACCAUAGGGUAUCUGUUAACACGUUAUGCUGAGUCAUUGGGUCAGUUUGCUGCUGCCUCGCAGUCCUGUAAUUUCUCCCUCAGGUUUUUCCACUCUAACCAGAAAGAUACCUCAGAGUAUAUCAUCCAGGCAUAUAAGUAUGGAGCAUUUGAAAAAAUCCCAGAGUUCAUUGCUCUCAGGAGCAGGUUGAACCAAUCGCUGCACUUUGCCCAGGUCCGCACGGAGAGGAUGCUGCUGGACCUAUUCCUGGAGGCCGACAUUGUGCUGAGUCUGGAGGAGAGUGUGAAGGCCAUGGGACUGUCUCCAGAGGAGGAUGACAUUCCCUGGGAUAGCAUAAGGGACAACAGAGACUUGACUGUCUUUACCAGCUGGGACCCCAAGGACAGACAUUUGACUGAGGAGCACAGGCGCCUGUCUCUAGAGGAGGAAUCUGUUUGGCUGAGGAUACGUUCUCUAACACUUCGCCUGCUUGCCUCAUUGGCCCUGCUGGGACACACUCCCUCGCAACAAAACUCUGAGAUGGCCAAUGAAAAUGGUGUAGGAGACAAGUCGUCCAUCCUCAGCAGCCUGCUCUCCCAGCUCGACCAGACUUUACAGACAGCAGCUCAGAUAGCAGAAAAACACACACAAUAUCCAUUCCUGGGACCCCCCUCCACUCGCCUGGCCCCAGCCCUGUCCAGUGGCAGCUGUCAGUGCCAGGUUGCUGCCCUCCAGCUCUCUGUCCAUCUGCAGGAGCUGGAGACUCUCGGACUCGAUGAGUCAUCAGAGCUUCAAACCCAGAUCUGUAACGGUUUCAAAUCAUUAGUAGUACAGCUUCAAGAAAUACUGAAUAAAUGCAAAGGAGAUUUAUUGGAAAUGAAGGACAGCAGAUUAAAAACAUGGCCUUCCUUAUUAGAAAUCCACGUCUUCUUUGUUGAGACGGUUUGCAUAGUGUUCUGGAUGGCUAGUUACUGUGCCAAGGUUCUUCGACCACUCAAGGCGAGUCUUCAGAAGAAGAAAAAGAAGAAAAAGGACACAAACACAGCGCUGCCAGCGGUGGUGUGUGGGUUCCAGGAGUUCACUGGGAGCUUGCAGGAGCUGCUUGCCCAGGCUUUGGAGCAUAUAAAGGGGCAAGAGACUGGCAUGACGGCCCUUAAACUGGCCAGUUUCACCUUGGAGGGACACACACAGGAGGAAGGGUCGUUUAUCAAGGCUGCUAUGGACAAGGUGCAAAGCAGUUACCUGCGCUCGCUACAAGAGGUGGGAGAUCUGCUGAAGAAGAGAGCAGAAACUCUAAAGAACCUCAAGAUCUGAACUCCAUCACACACCCCCAAAACAAGAUUACUGUUCUCCCACUAUCACCCUCCAACGCCGUACAGCACCAUCUUACCGUCAGCCCACCAGCUAAUCUACACAAGGCCUACUUUCCCUGAACCCCCACCCCGAUUUUUCACCUACUUCCUUUUUUUUUCUCCAUAUUUUUCUUUAGGUUUGUUGAGCCUACCGUCUGAAUAUUCUUUUUUCUUUCACUCCCUUACAUACACAGACACACACACACAAACACAAACACACAAAGACAUACGCACACCUCUGGAACAUUCACAACUCUUAUAGCACAUAACCUUGUAAGUUAGUCGUGAAUUUAUACAGCAAUUAUAAGUGAAAAUGAGGAAAAAGACAUGCUCCAUAAAAAAAAUAAGAGCAUUUUAGAAAAUGAAAAAGCAGUUUUAGAUUAACUACUCUAAUAAAUUAUUGUACAUAGUCUGCAGAUUAAAGAUCUUCAACUACCACAAACUCCUUGACUGAAUGAGAAUAUACAGUAAAUACAUAAUAAACCACUAUUCUUUUUUUGUCAGUUGUUUCCCCUUUAUUGUUUCCCUUUAUUGUUUUCUGUUGAUUCCCAGAGCGAUCUUCAGUUCCUCUAGCAAAGUAACCCCAAAGGGUCCAGACACAUUGAAGUUGCAACUAUUAAAAAGGAAAGUUCUGCUUUUGAGCAUGCUGCUUUUCCAGCUGUAUCUAUCCUGCAAGUGCAAGCAGGCAAAGUUUUGCAUCAUAUUUCCAAAUUUGCAGGAAUGUAUACCGAUGCACUCUAUGGAAAUAUGGACACCCGGCACAGAGCAAACAGUAGAAGGCCUUAGAACUGAACUUUCCCAUUCAUUUUUUUUGUUUUGUUUUGUUUUCUUCUUUGAUUGUCUUUUUUUUUUUUUUUUUUUGCUUUGUCUAUCUUGUGUGUUGCGUUGGUACUGAAAAUGGAACCACCUCUGUAGUUGAAGUAUUAUUAUAGAGCAAGGAAGGGAUAAGCUACAUCAACAAGAUUUUUUUUUAAAAGGUCAAUUUGUGUCUUGGCUCUUGGCUUUUACACUGAACAGUGUUUUUUUUUUUUUUUAACAUCCUGUUGUGGAAUUGGACAUCGUCAUAGUUCCAGCACAACAGAAAUCAGUUAUGGGUCAAACAGACAGAAUCUUUUAUAAAUCUAGUUAUUUUUCAACGUCUGAUUAAAUAAAUGUAAUCAUUUAUGCAGUCAUGUAGAAUUAUGUUAUAAUCGAUGUUUCCCCACUCAAACCAUGAGUUUGUGGUGGCUAUGCGAUCAUGGCAUCACUAUGAGACCACUUGAUUUUAGUCGAACAACUUACAGAGCAGACACAAUCAACAUUUUCAUGAAUAUUCGUGUUGAUACCGAACACCCUCUGAAUCUAAUGCCACUGAGAAUGUGGAACAUAAGUUGGGCCAAAAGUGCCUGUGUCCCUUUUACAGACCAGAAUAACUGAGAGGAUUUUGUCUACUUUGACCCAAAUCUGAUUACACUCUAGAGAGACACUUGUUUUCUGCAAAAAAAAAACAAACAAACAAAAAAAAAAGCAUUUCUUCUGUCGAAUAUUUCAUCCAGAAAAGAAUCUUUUACAGUUUAAUUUGUCACAGCUUAGACCCAGAGAGGUGCGUUUCAUAAAUAAUUAAACAUUGGACCUAACUGUAAAUAAAUGUUAAUGCAACCUUUGAAAGUACCGUGUGCAAGGACAUUAGUUGAAUGUGUGUUUUGAAAGCAGCUGCAGUAGAUAUGAGAUUUGUCCUGUAUUAAUGUUUUUCUUUCCUUUUUUUUUUUAUUUGUCAUUCCCAACUUAGGCACCCACCUCAUUUUCUUAAACCAAUGAUUUCUCCAUCGUCCCUCCAUCUUCUCGGUUCAUAUACAAAAUGUAUAUCAAAGCCCUUUUUCUGUUUUGUUGAAUCAUUUCUGACUGUUUGAAAUCAGAAACAAACAAACAAAAAAAUAGAUGUAACCCAUGAGAGAUCACCAACAGUUAACAAGCAGACUGUAACAUUGUUUACAAUUUCUAAUACCAUCGAGGAGCACUGACAGCUGUGUGACUAUUGCCACUGCAGGUAAUGUGCAGUUCGGUUUGUUUGGGUUUACGAUUCUUGUUUUUAUGAAGAAACCGAAGAGCAGCGAGGAAAAAACUGUGAGCCAGUGGUGAUUGCCCCGCCCCCCUCCAUCCCUCCCCUCCUUGUUUCUCUUGUAUAUGCAUACAGACACACAGACACACACACACCUCUACAAAUAAAUGCCUUUCACAGACUCAUGCCCAACUGCUUGAGAGGAGCGCGGCUGGAGAGAUGUUUGUGAUCCGACUAGAUGUUUUUUUUGUUGAGGCUCAGAAUAAUGGUUGACAAUCUGGAGUGUCAUCUCACCUUCUCCUUCUUUUGUUAGAAAAUGGAAAACAGAAACACUGGAAUGUCAAAGCUUUUUUUAAAUAAAAUGAGUAAAUA